UUUAUAUGGUCUUAGUAUAGCUCAACAACCAUAGUGAAAAUUUAAGAUGGAAGGAACAAUGAAGUGCUCGGCGAAUUAUGUCCCACUUUCUCCGAUCAGCUAUCUCGAGAGAGCAGCCGUCGUCUUCGGUACCAGAACCUCCGUGAUAUAUGGUGAUAUUCAUUACACGUGGAACCAAACACGUGACCGUUGCGUCCGCCUUGCCUCUGCUCUCUCCGACCUCGGUCUCUCGCGCCACGACGUCGUGGCUGCUUUGGCGCCAAAUAUUCCUGCGUUAAUUGAGCUUUAUUUUGGAGCUCCGAUGAGUGGAUCAGUACUUUGUGUGUUGAACACGCACUACGAUGCUAAGAUGCUUGCGAUGGCGCUGGAGAAAACGAAGCCAAAAGUCUUCUUCGUUGACUCUGAGUUCCUCUCUGCCGCUGAGGAGUCUCUCACUCUCCUUUCAAACAUUGAAGAACAACCUAUCAUCAUCACAAUCACAGAACAUCCAACGGAGAAAUCAAAACACGUACAAUACGAGGACUUUCUCUCUUCCGGAAACCCUAAUUUCAAACCCAUACGACCAGUUGACGAAUGUGAUCCAAUAGCGCUCAAUUUCACAUCUGGUACCACAUCGACGCCAAAAUGUGUCGUUUAUAGUCACCGCGGCGCGUAUCUGAACGCAAUGGCUGUUGGUGUUACCAAUGAGAUGAAACCAAUGCCGGUAUAUCUCUGGACAGUUCCGAUGUACCAUUGUAGUGGGUGGAGCUCUGUUUGGACAGUUGCAGCUUAUGGAGGAGUCAACGUCUGUCUCAGAGAAGUCAACGACAAAGUUAUAUUUGAUAGUAUAGUGAAGCACAAGGUAACUGACUUUGGUGGCUCGCCUGCGGUCCUCAACAUGAUUGCCAAUGCACAAGACUCGGUCAAGAAGUUGUUCCCAUGGACCGUUCAAGUUAUGAGCGGAGGAUCUUCACCUCCUGAGGUUAUUUUGAGACUCAAGAAGCUAGGAUUCAAAGUGAUGAUGGCUUUCGGAUGCACGGAGUUGUAUGGACUAGGAACAGCUUGUUUCUGGAAGCCAGAGUGGGAGACUCUACCUGAAGAAGAGAGUAUAAGGCUUAAGGCAAGAGAUGGUCUCAACCAUUUCGCCAAGGAAGCUGUCGAUGUGUUAGACCCAACCACCAUGAAAUCGGUUCCACACGAUGGAAAGACCAUCGGGGAGAUUGUUCUCCGGGGAAAUACCGUCAUGAGUGGUUACUACAAGAACAAAGAAGCCACUGAAGCGGCUUUUCGAGGUGGAUGGUUCUGGAGUCGCGACAUGGCUGUUAUAGAUCCUGAUGGAUACAUACAUUGGAAAGAUAGGUCACAAGAUGUUAUAACAUGCGAAGGAGAAAGUAUGGGGUCAAAGGAGAUCGAAGGGCUUCUCUAUAGCCACCCAGCGGUUUAUGAAGCAGCGAUAGUUGGUCAACCGGACGAAACUUUAGGAGAAUCGAUGUGUGCUUUCGUGAAACUCAAAGAAGGAGUUGAAGCAAAAGAGGAAGAAAUCAUUGAGUUCUGUAAAAGAAAGAUUGGGAACACAAACAUGAAGUUGGUUCCAAAGACUGUAGUUUUCACAGAUGUUCCUAGGACUCCCACUGGGAAGAUUCGGAAGAAUGUUAUGAGAAACAUGACCAAGAAUAUGAAAUAAUAAUUUAUCGAUGCAACUAGUUAAAAAAUUUGUAAAACUUUAUCAUUGAAUAACAUCUAGUUUACAUGUUCUAUAUAUGUAAUCUGGACAUGUAUAACUAUGAGAUUGUUCUUUCAUCCAUGGAUGUUUGU